CGUUGUCUAAAAAGACAAUUCUCUUGUUCAAACAAGCAAAGCCAACAACCACAGCAUCAAGGAGAACCGCCUAGGGAGGUGCAAGAGCAGGAAGGAGAAAAACAUGGAGGCUCCAGAGCAGCAUAACAAGUCCAGAGUUGUGAAGGUUGACUCUGUUGAAUCCUGGGACUUCUAUUUUAACCAAGCUACAAAUCAAGGCUGCCCAAUUGUUGUCCACUUUACUGCUUCAUGGUGUAUUCCUUCAGUGACCAUGAACCCCUAUUUUAAAGAACUGGCCUCAGCUUUUCAAGAUGCCCUGUUUCUCACUGUUGAUGUUGAUGAUGUUAAGGAGGUAGCAACGAGGAUGGAGGUGAAGGCAAUGCCAACAUUUUUACUGAUGAAGGGAGGGACUGUAGUAGAGAAGUUGGUGGGAGCAAACCCAGAAGAGAUAAGGAAAAGGAUUGAUGCCUUUGUGCAAUCCAAUCGUGUAUAUGUCGCAUAGUAUGGAUGGUUGUGAUGUCUAUACAUGUUCGAAGGUGUAAAAAAAGGUGUUUGCAUCGCGUUCUUAUAAGUGUGAUUGAUAAGAUGGCACUCUAGAACCCGAUUCACUUGACCAUAUUUGUUGUAUAAAGCAUGAAGAUAUCGAAUUUCUUGUUUUGUUAUUAUCGAGUGGUGAAAGUGAAGGGGGUUAAACUUCAAACUAA